AUGUCAUUUAGGGCUCGAGAAAUGUACAACAAGAUCGCGAAGAAAGCUGGAGCUGAUUCGAUGCCAUCUCAAGUGAUGGAAUCAGUGAAGAAGAUGAUACCAAACACGAAGAUCGUGAUGAAUCGAGCCAAGCGCGGGAUUUUCGCGGGCCGCCACAUCCAGUUCGGUAAUAAGAUCGCCCUCCAAGGCCUCAACAAAUCUAGACGGAGUUGGAAGCCUAAUGUACAGGAGAAACGCCUCUUUAGCUAUAUCCAUGACAAACACAUUUGUAUUAAAGUCACCACCCAUGCCCUGAGGUGGAUUGACAAAGCUGGUGGGAUUGAUGAGUACCUUUUGAAGACCCCUUACGAGAAGAUGGACACUGAAAUGGGUUUAGUCUGGAAGGCUAAGGUUGAAAAAAUGUAUGCUGAACUUGGUAACAUGGAAGUAGGCUUCUUCACCCCUGAAGAAGAAGAUAAGAUUGCAAAGGGUUUUGAAGAACUCAAGCUUGAAAAAGAGGAGGCCAGGAAAGAAGCCAGAAGAGUUCAGUCAAAGAUACUAAUGAAAGAGUUAGGUACGCGUAGCGAUCAAGCAGAGCAGAGUGAGGAAGAAAGUACUGAUGAUUUUAAGAAGGCAGAGCAAUAGACUCAAAACCUUAUUCAGAGUUUUUGUUGUGAUUAUGACGAAAGCCUAGCAAACGUGGUACUGCUUAUCCUAAACAGUGAAAAUUUACAAGUAGAUAGGCCUCUGAUGGAGAAUUCUUUGUUGAACCCAAAUGCUGUAUCUUGAUGAUCUUAUGUAUCAUUUUAUUGUUCCUCUAGGUCUCUAGCUUUGAGUUGUCACAUCUGAUGUUGGUUCAUGAUUGUUUGCAAACUUCAAGCUCCAAGUCCUAGUUAUCUAUAGCAGUGAAGGUGUAACCAGGAUCCAAGUUUUGAAUUCGAUAUUUGUUUGUUUCAAGUAUUAUGCAAAAUAAAGCUCUAAGAUUUGUCUAUGAAA